AGAGAAUUGAUGCCUUGCCAUCCACCAUCCUUCCUACCCGAUAUAAAAUUUUCUUAAAUCCAGAUUUGAAGAAUUUUGUAUUUGAUGGUGAAGAAACUAUUGAAUUGAAAAUUAAUCCACAAGAAUUAUCAUCAGAUCAUACUAAUAGUAUUGAUAAUCUAUUAAAAUCCAUUGAUCGUAUAGUUACGAAUAGUAAAGAAUUAAAAAUUGAUCAAGCCUUUUUAAUGAUCGGAGAUGGUCAUGGUCAUAGGGUUGAAUUUAAAUCAAUUGAUUUUCAUGAAGAGUUUGGAAUUGUUAGUUUUGUAUUGGAAAAGUCGUUAGAUGAAAUUUUGAAUCAGUUAAAUAUCAAGGUUGAUGAUUUGAGUGUGUUUAGAAUGUUUUUGCACUUGAAAUUCAGAGGAGAAUUGAAUGACAAGUUGAAUGGCUUUUAUCGAUCAAAGUAUGUCAGAGAUGGUGUUGAAUCAUAUGCUGCAGUAACACAAUUUCAACCUGCCGAUGCUAGAAAAUGCUUUGUUUGUUGGGAUGAACCAAUUUAUAAGGCAGUUUUUGAGAUUUCACUUGUUGCUCCAAAGAAUUACAAAGCACUGUCCAAUAUGAACUGCAUUCAAGUGGAUGAUUAUGAUGAAAGUAGUAAUCUUCACAAAUUUUCUCCAACUCCUCCAAUGUCAACCUAUUUGGUUGCUGUUAUUGUUGGUGAUUUUGAUUAUGUUGAAACUAUUUGUACAGAAACAUCCAAGCCAAUUCCUGUUCGUGUCUAUACUCCAGUUGGAAAGAAGGAACAGGGUCUCUUCUCACUUGAAGUUACCUCUAAGGUAUUGGCCCUUUUUGAAAAGUAUUUCCAGGUGGAAUAUCCAUUGCCUAAACUUGACAUGAUUGGAAUUUCUCAAUUGAGCUUUGGUGGAAUGGAAAAUUUUGGAUUAAUUACUUUCAGAGAGCAAAUUGUUCUUGUUGAUCCAAUCAAUACCUCUGCGGCUGCCAAGCAAAAUGUUUCCAUUGUUGUCGCUCACGAAGUAUCACAUCAAUGGUUUGGAAAUCAUGUUACUCCAGCUUGGUGGGAAUCAUUGUGGUUAAACGAGAGUUAUGCUACUUAUUGGGAAUACUUUGCUAUUGAUAAUCUCUUCCCUGAGUGGGGCGUUUGGGAACAAUUCGUUUAUGCUGACUUUUUGAGAGCAUUCGACUUGGAUGGAAAGAGAUCUACUCACCCAAUUCAAGUAUCAGUCAAUUCUACUGCAGAAAUCGAUGAAGUUUUUGAUGCCAUCUCAUAUAGUAAGGGUUCAUGUUGCGUUAGAAUGUUAAUUGAAUGGCUUGGUAUUGACCAAUUCAGAAAGGCAAUUAUUGCUUAUUUGAACAAGUAUGCCUUUUCCAAUGCCAAAACUGAGGAUUUGUGGACAUCUUUGAAAGAAUCACUCAAUGUUGAUGCAGCAUCCAUGAUGAAGAGUUGGAUAUAUUCCUCAGGUUAUCCUGUUGUAACCAUCAAGGAACAUUUGGAAGGUAACGAAAAGGUAUUAACAUUAACACAAAACAGAUAUUUGGAAGAUGGAGGUUUGGAUAGUGAGGAUUCAACCAUUUGGUACAUUCCUAUUUCCUAUGUUUUGUGCAAUAGUGAUAAUUCAAUUACAGAAUUUAAAGAAACCAUGAAUGAAAAGAGCAUGAUUUUGAGAAUUCCCGCCUCUUCCAAAUGGAUCAAAUUCAACAAGAAUCAAAUUGGAUUUUAUCGCGUCAAUUAUCAAAGCUCUGAAUAUUAUAGCAAAUUGAAGGUCGCCAUCAAGGAGAAGAAAUUAUCACCAAUUGAUAGAAUGGCAUUAAUAGAGGAAAGUACAACCCUCUCAAAGAGUGGUCUUGUGCCAAUUGAGCAAGUUUUAUCAUUAUUUGAAGCCUAUUCCUUAGAAGAUAACUAUACAGUCCUGACAACUGUUUCUUCCUGCUUGUCCACUAUUGAAAAUCUUAUCAAACAUGAAUCAAGCCAAGCAUUGGAAAAAUUUGCAGCACUUGGAAGAAGUAUUUUCCUUCAUUUGAGAGAUGAUCUUGGUUGGACUCAACAAGAAAACGAAAGCCACUUGAGAAGCAUGACCAGAAGUCUUGUAUUCUCAAAUCUUGUUAGUUACAAUGACAAGGAAACUGUACAAAAGGCAUUUGAAAAAUUUGCUCAAUUCAAGGUUGAUCCAUCAAGUUUAAUUCCAGAUUUGAGAAGUGUAGUAUAUUCAGCUGUUGUAAAAUAUGGAAAUGAGGAAGAUUUCAAACAAGUUUUGAAUGUCUAUUUAACAUCGGAUUUAACUGAGGAAAAAGUGAGAGUUUUGAAAUGUCUUGGCCAAUCUCCAAAUGAACAAUUAAUUGAUGAAACAAUCAAUAGAACUCUUGACGGAUCUGUUCUCACUCAAGAUAUUUCGUACAUGUUAAUGGGUCUAUCACAAAAUCCAAAAGCAAAUGAAAAGCUCUGGAGAUUCUUUUUCAAGAAUUAUGCAGCAAUUAGACAAAAAUUCCAAGCAGGACUAUUAUUUGGAAGAAUCAUCAAAUUAUUCACUGAAAGUUCACUGAAUCCACAACAUGUUUCAGAAAUUAAAGACGAAUUAGACAAGGUUGCUACUAGUGCCAUCUUGAGAACUGUCAAUCAAGUUAAGGAAACUAUUUCACUCAAUAGUGCAUGGAGUAUUCGUUCAGCUCCUUCCAUUGUUAAUUGGUUAAAUAAAAUAGAAUAAACUAGUGAUAUUUCAAA